AUGAAGUCCCACAUCUUGAUAGCCACUCUCCUAGGAGCAGUUGGUACUUUCUCAGCGAUUGAUCAAGCUUCGAUGGAGAUAGACUCUUGGUGCAUUACGUACCUCUCUACCUACCUUGCUCCCGUUUCCAACCAAGCUAGCGUAUUAACAUCGACCGAGCGAGAGGCUCUGGAACCAAUUGCACAAGAGUCUAGAAAACUCCCAUUGGUACCAUCCGUACGGCCUACAUUUGGAAGAAACACCUCAGUGCCAACAACUUGGUCAACUUUGAGCGACGACGGUCAAGGUGCCUUGACUUUGGAUACCUCAUUCGUUUCUGUGCAAUCCACUGGCACUUCUCCUGUUUCUCCGAUCAGCGCUGAAACUUCGGAUCUGAAUGUUGAGCCAACCGGAGUACUCACCAACGAACUCGCUACCUCUUCAGCAUCGAUACAGGAUUUAGGCACUACGGCUAGUACAGAUACUUUCCCUACUUCGAGCAGCAUCAACCAACCUGCUGGACGAUCUAUUAUCUUCCGAGUCUCCAUCCCCGACAAUGAGAGACGCGGUCUGCAUAAGAGAGCUACUGGGGGUUUUGUUGGCAUUGAUAACCCUGAUGUCUGUACAUUUGCUGCUGUCUUCACUCUCGCCGAAGGCAAGCUCUUCGAUGGAGGUGUGCCAGUUUACUAUUCGGGUGAAGAUUACAAGGAUUUAGCUGGACAAGACAAUCCUUCUGGGGACUCUAUCACGACAACAUUCACAACGUCUGGUAGGAACCUUGUGUUUAGGAACUCAGGUCUUCCCAAUGGUGAUGCCGGUUUCUGCCAAGUCUCUAAUGGUCAAGUCUACAUCACUUUCACUACGGGACCCCCGGGGUGUGUGCCAGUUAAUUUGGCUGUUUACGACGUUGAGCAAUGUCAAGAUGGUCGACUUAUCGGUGAUGCUGACUUGACAUCAACUUCUUCCGAGACAGUCACCUCUCAGACAGUGGUGCCUCAAGCUAUCAGUUCUGAAAGCGUCACCAGUAUCGAGGGCACAUCAGCAGUAGAGGAAACCCAACCCAUUGAAUCCGAAUCGGAGGGCACUCUUAUGCCAACCAAUACAGCUCAAUCCGAGUCUCAACGCCUUCCUAUCCCAAGCAGCACAGUUCAAUCCGAAUCAUUUGGGCCAGUUUCACAAACGGCUGAAUCAAUUGAUCCAACUUCGCAGACCUUCGCAUCAGCGGACCCGGGCUCUCAAACAUCUGAAUCCGGGACAUCUGUAAUGGCUUCUUCCGGUGGGACUGAUGUAUCUGCCAAAAAAAGCUCUUUCAUUACCGCUAUACCCGCUGCGGAAACCGCUACUACGCAAUCUUCCAUUAUUCUUUCAAUAUCCGAUGACUCUAGCACCGAGGAGGCGUCUUCAUCUACUGAAAAAGAAGAUUCGACUUCGCUUGCCAGCAUAUCAACCGACCUGGCUGGCUUAUCUACCAUUCCUAGCGUGGAGACAACAAUUCCGAGCACACUGGACAUGAAGUCGGAGACUACCAGCAGUAUCGAGAUGUCUUCUAUAGAUACAACUACUGCCAUUGAGCCCGAGACAACUACCAGUGAGCUCGAAACCACGAUCAGUGAGCCCGAAGCACCUACCACAGACGUUACUACAGACGCCGACGUUACAAUUAACACCGAUACCACGACCACUGAAGACCAAUCAACUGCCGAAAUCCCGGCAGUCACUGAAGACACUACUACUGCUGCUCCAGUCCCCACAUUCGUGAACCUUGCUUGCAGUGAGGUUAGCAGCCCAUAUGAAGAUCCCAGUGGUGUCUCUUUCGAGAUCUUGUGCAAUAAUCAGCCACGUGGUUAUGCCCCUUUGGACAACAUUCAGGUAGACAGCUUUACAGCAUGUGUAAGGUUCUGUGCUGAGGACACCCGAUGUGUUGGCUCGUUCUAUUUGAAGAAUGUACGAGUGUGUGGCACUUUCUCAGACAGUUUCGCUGGUUAUGAGGCGACACCUGACAUCGAUGUUGCACUUCGUAUACCAGAGGACGUCAAUCAGAUUACCACCACCGGCGACACUGCAACCACCGAGGAUCCAAAAGCUACUACAGAUGCCACUACCGCUGCUAUCCCAAUGACUACUGCUGCAGAUCCAGUUCCCCCAUUCGUGGAAGCUACCUGUAAUGAGGUUAGCAGCCCAUACGACGACCCUAUCGGCGUCUCUUUCGAGGUUUCAUGCGAUACCGCAACAUACGGCAUAAAUCUGAUCGAUGCCCCCUUUGGAACUGUAUUCACAGCGUGCGUGAGGUACUGCGCUCUGGACGACCGAUGUGUUGUCAUGUACUUCGAUAGGCCAGCAAGCCUGUGUCUUCUCUUUUCGGACUAUGCUGGAUCUUUUCCUGACCCUCAAUUUGAUGGUGCAAUUCUUAUAUCAGGGGGCGGGAAUCAAGUAACUACAGAUGACCAAACAACAAUCGAGAACCCAGUAACCAUUGCAGAGGCCGUUGCAGGUACCACUGCAGACAACAUCGCAGACAGGAUUGCAGAUACCACGGCAGAUAACAUCGGAGGCAGGGUGGCCGCAGCUGUCUCUACGAUUGCUGAUGCAGCCACAACUCUCUGA